AUUUAAUACAUGAGAUUGUUAUUGUCCUUGUUUGUUUUUGUUGCACUCAUUCAUUGUAAAACGAAGGAUGAAUGGAAGAGUAGAUCAGUUUAUUAAUUGCUUACUGAUAGAUUUGCUACAAGCUAGGGCAAAUCAACUUCAUGCAAUUUAGGCAACUACUGUGGUGGUGACUAUAAGGGAAUGAUUCAACAACUUGAUUAUAUUCAGAGUAAAUAUAAUAAUAAUAAUUUUCAGAUUUGGGAUUUGAUGCUAUUUGGAUUACACCUGUCGUAGAUAACUAUGACGGUGGAUAUCAUGGAUAUUGGGCCAGGAAUAUGUAUGACGUCAAUCGUAAUUUCGGUUCUGCUGACGAUUUGAAGGCUCUAGUCAACGCCUGUCAUGCCAGAGACAUAUGGGUUAUGGUUGAUGUUGUAGCUAAUCAUGUAAUUGUCUCAUCCUAAACUAGAUGGGAAACACAAAUCUAAAUUUCAAUUAGAACUACCCCUUCAAUCAAUCCUCUCAUUAUCAUGACUGGUGUGAUAUCACAGACAACGAUUUUAACUCACAUAAUCUUUAUAAUAUCGAAAGGUGUAGACUCGCAGGGCUGGCUGAUCUUAAUUAAGAUAAUCAAUUUGUUACAGAACAAUUAUUAUAAUGGAUCAAAUGGCUUGUCUAAGAAUUUAAAUUUGAUGGAAUCAGAAUUGAUACUCUCAUGAUGGUCAAAACUGAUUUCUGGUAUAAGUUUUCCAAUGCUGCUGGUGUCUAUACAGUUGGAGAAGUAUUCGAUGGUGACAUGAAUUUCUUGAAACAAUUUGUUGGUCCUGUUGAUGCCCUAUUGAAUUAUCCUCUCUUCUACACAGCCAGAGAUGUGUUCCUUCAUUGGAGAGACAUGAACACAUUUGAAAAUUACUAUAAUAGUUUAAUCAACUCUUGGGGUAAGUAGAAUAUUCAAUAUGCUGGCAAUUUCAAUGACAAUCACGACAAUGCAAGGUUCUUAAACGACUAAGUCUCAGGAUACAUUCCAGAUGAAGUAUUCUUAAGUGACAAACCUCAUUUGACCUUUUCUGCUAUCAAAAAGCUCUAAUUCAAGGCCAUCACUGCAUUUUGUUUGACUUCUGUAGGAAUCCCUAUGAUUUACUAUGGUAGUGAAUAACUCUAUGCUGGUGGUAAUGAUCCAUAAAACAGAGAGGUUUUGUGGGGUAAUUUGGACUAGUAAGAAUUUAAUUUAUCAAUAGAUCAUCUGAAAUGUAUAAAUUCAUCCAAGCAAUCAAUAAUGCUCGUAAGGCUACAAAUGCAGGAAAUCAAGAUCAAAUUCAAAGAUAUUCAGAUUCUGAAAUCUAUGCCUUCACCAGAGGUACUUUGUUUGCGGCAUUCUCGAGUAAAUACGACAGAUAAGUUGUCAAGACUAUCACCUAUCAUCCAUAUGCGGAAGGUAUAAAAUAUAUUCAUCGAAAUUUUAGGAACAACUCUUUGCAAUAUCUUUUAUCCAACUACCGAUUGUAUCAAAAUUGCUAAUGGAAAAUUCACAUUAUAUUUAAAUUAUGGAGAAGUCAAGAUCUUCGUUCCAAAAUGAUUUUCAUUUAUAUCAUUCAAUAUAAAAAUAAUAAUAUUAAU